AUAAGUCAUGCCUAGGAGGAAACGAUGUAACAAGUAUUGACAGAUUUCGCUCACGGCGCGCCUGCUAAAUAUUUCUAACUAUACACCGAGCCUCGAGUGGCUCCGGAGAAAUAUAUUUCUUCCCGUGGCGGACAGCGACAGCGGUGGUUGUUGAUACGCGGAGCAAAUAAGAUUGACUUCCGACUGGUGACCCCUUUCUCAAACUGUAAUGACAUGAGCGCUCCAGCAGGAAGCUCAAAUCAUUUUGUUUAGAAACAUUGCAGCGCGUCCGCCAAGAUUUCUUUCUGUCCGUCUGCGAGGAAUAAUGGGGCGUUUUUGAACCAGCCUUUAGCGCAGAUACUGUAGCGCUUGAUUCGAUGUUUUAGUGUGUCGCGUCCGUCCAUUUGGACGCAUCAUAAGUAAGCAAAUCGCUGUUCUGAGGCCAAAUGGAAAGCUGCACCAUGGCAGCAAAAGAGGACCUAUAUGCCAAAGUCGCACCACGGAUGCAGCGGCAGAACCGGACAGGAACUGUCAAACAUGGAAACAGUCUGGAUGUUUUAUUGUCCAUGGGUUUUCCUAAAACCAGGGCGCUAAAAGCUCUGGUUUCGACUGGGGGCAGAAAUGUCCAAGCAGCCUGUGACUGGUUGUUUUCCCAUGUGGAUGACCCGUUCCUGGAUGAUCCUUUACCCAGGGAGUAUGUGCUGUACCUGAAACCCAGCGGUCUCCUCCUUAACCAGCUCUCCAGCUUUUGGCAGCAGAGUCGCAUUACAUGUGGCAAGAACAAAGCCCACAACAUCUUCCCUCACAUAACCCUCUGCCAGUUCUUCAUGUGUGAAGAUAGUAAGGUAGAUGUCCUGUGUGAAGCUCUGCAGGCAGUGGUGGGUCAGUGGAAAGGUCGUUUCCCCUCCCCACUGCCCCUGGAGUUUUACUCCUCCUCAAACUUCAUCGGCCUCUUUGUGGAAGAGAAGGUGGCUGAGGUGAUCAAGAGCUUUGCUACAGACUUUGCUACUGAAGCGGCUUCUAAAGCAGAUGUUCGUGUGGAGCCCCAUAAGAAGCAGCUUCAUGUAACUCUGGCCUACCACUUCCAAUCCAACCAUCUUGCAUCCUUAGAAAAACUUGCCAAAGGUGUAGACAUAACAUUGGGCUGUGAUUGGCAGGCUGUGCUUUUGUCACGGGACAUCCGAUUUGCCAAUCAUGAGACCUUGCGGGUGAUGUACCCCUAUGUGCCUCAGAAUGAUGAUGAACUGGAGCUGGUGCCCGGUGACUUCAUCUUCAUGUCGUCUAUAGAACAGGCCACUGCCAGUGAGGGCUGGGUCUAUGGGACCUCAAUGAGCACAGGGUUAUCUGGGUUACUACCAGAAAACUACGUCAAUAGGGCAGAUGAGUGUGAUACUUGGGUCCUGCAUGGGUCUUUCUCAUUUCUUAACUUAUCCCCCCCAACCGAUAUCAGGGGUGCUAUGGGUGGGAUUUUUCUUGACUCACACUUGGACGGUCGUCUCUUUGAUGAUCCCAUGCCAAUGGAUCCCAACAGUCUGAGCGUUAUGUGUCAACCUAUGCAGAUCCUAUGCCCUAAUCAGUCUCGAUUGCCUAAGAGAACGUUGUUUGUGUGUCGCCAUGGUGAAAGAAUGGAUGUAGUGUUUGGGAAACACUGGAUCACUCAGUGCUUUGAUGCCAAAGGUCGGUAUGUGCGGUCAAACCUCAACAUGCCACUGAGUCUCCCAGCGAGGAGUGGGGGGUACAGGGACUAUGAUAAGGACUGUCCUAUCACUGUGUUCGGAUCCACGCAGGCUCGUCUAGUCGGGGAGGCUCUCCUGGAAAGUCAUACAGUGGUAGACUUUGUAUACUGUUCCCCUUCUCUGCGCUGUGUGCAAACAGCUUAUAAUAUCCUCAGAGGUCUUCAAAAGGAUGGGAAGACUAAGAUCAGAGUUGAGCCAGGUUUGUUUGAGUGGACUAAAUGGGUGUCGGGAACCACAUUACCUGCCUGGAUCCCUCCUGCAGACCUGGCGGCUGCUAAUAUAUGUGUGGAUACAACAUACAGACCUCAUAUACCCAUCAGUAAACUGGCCGUGUCGGAGUCCUAUGAAACAUACAUCAGUCGCAGCUUCCAAGUGACGCGUGAAAUACUGUCAGAGUGCAAUAAUCUGGGAAAUACAGUGCUGAUUGUGGCCCAUGCUUCCUCUCUGGAGGCUUGUACAAGGCAGAUUCAGGGACUGACCCCACAGAACUCUAAAGACUUUGUGCAAGUGGUCAGAAAGAUACCUUACUUGGGCUUUUGUGCUUGUGAGGAGAUGGGCGAGACGGGCGUUUGGCAGCUCGUGGAUCCACCCAUCCUGCCGCUCACGCAUGGACCCAAUCACAGCUUUAACUGGAGAGAAACGCUGCUGCAGGACUGAGGAGGCUCUGCAACUUUUACCCUCACUGCUCCUCCUCCAAAGGCAACAGAGACAUGCUUUCAAGUCACAUCUUCACAGACCUGCAUUGUAGCACUAUAAAAGGCUCAUGCUUCCAUAGCCACGUUCUUGCACUGCUGCAGUACACCUCAUUGGCCCUGUCUUAAUAUAUAAAGCAUAAGAGCAGUAAUAUUUGUGGUAGAUUUCCAUAAUGUGCUCAAACACCAUUUGCCUAUGGCCUACUGGCCUAUAGACAAGCUGCAGCAGAACACUUGCUUCCAACUGUAGCCCAGACGAAACUAAAUAUCGGAGAGUUUCAAAGACAUACAUCAAACACAGGAUGUAAUACACGGCGAUAAACUCAGGUUUCCUGCCUCAGUGAGUUGAUGAGUCAUCCAACACUUCCAAAAUGGAUGCCGCUGGCCUCGAGUUGGGUCUCCGAACCCUUUGGAAACUCCAUUUUCUUACACUCUGUAGGGGGGAAAGACGUCUCCCUAUAUUACACUGUGAAUCAAAUAGACAUGCGCCACCUAUUGCAUCAAGAUUUCCCAAUUACACCUGGCACAAACCCACUCACCAACUCAUGAAAGCACAAGAAUAUUCUGGCAAUCAGAUAAACAGAGAUGAAGCAGCUUUAAAGUAGUUUAGAAGUGGAUUUGGUGGACAGCACAUUCGUCUUGUGCCUUGCUGUCAUGCUGCUACACUUUGCAACUAUAGGACACUUUGGGAGGACUGUUAGUUAGGGCUUAUUUGGAGAUGGUAUUUAAAGAUGUACUGUCACACUUUUUGCAUGCUAGGGGCCAUUUUAAAAGGGUGAGAUGAUAAACCCAGUAAGGACGUCAUCAAACUUUCAAAAGCAGUGCCACAAAUGGUGACAACUUCAUAAGCAGCAGCUUAAAUAAUGUUAUGUGCAGCUGUUAAGGAACAUGUUGCUGUAAGGUAAGCUUUACUUUCUGAGCACUUGAAAUAUCCAACUAAACAGGAAAGAAUGCUUCAGCAAUGUAAAGGAUUGUACAUUAAUGCGUAACGUGUCUGUAUAUACUAAGUAACAUAGUAAAAUCCAUUUGAUGUGUUUCACCUUUAAAUGGAAAAAUUAUAACUGCAUUUAUUUAUGUAUUCAUAGUCAUAUAGUUGUAAAGAGAAUAUGUUGAGGCUUCAGGUUUUUGUUUGUUGUUUCCUGUUGUUGGAAUAGAGAAAUUAAGCCAUAGCAAAUGAUGAUAUAUAAAUCACUAUAUAAUGCAGUGUUUCUCCCCACUCUGAUGACUUACAUAAGCAUAUCUGUUACGAUUACUGUAAUAUGCCAUCUGUGUUCCCUGAACUUCAUUACUAUUUUAGCCCACCUAUGGUUUGACAUUUAAUGAUGAUAAGGAGGAGGCAUGCAUAAUGAGAUGUGCAAUGCACUACACAAGCAAAAGAGGUUUAUAGGAUUUUGCUAUAGUUUUAGACUUUACCAAACAUGCCAAUCAAUGGUCAGGAGUCAACAUUAGUGGGAGUAAAUUAUUAUAGAUUUUUUUCGUUUUGGGUGCACUAUCCUUUUCAAAAAUUUCAAAGUACAGGGAGUCUAAGACAAAUAUGUCAUUCAUUUGGCAUUUUCCAGCUCAGCAGUAACAUAACCUUCUAAAUUUUUCCUACUCAUGAAUUUAAAUGAGACAUUUUUCUCAGUAUCAAUGAAUUUAUGUAGAGAUUUCUAAUUAACCAAGCCAGCAUAAGUGUGUGUUGGUGUGGUUGAGUGUUUGUUCAUGUGCUGGAAGAUGAAAAUGCUGGUCUCUUAUAUAUAUAUAUAUAAGAAUUACCUUAUUAAAUUGCCCUUGUCUGCCAUUACAACAUGUCUACCAUGAAUAGAUAAAUCCUUGUUCUUCCAAAUAUGGCAAACCACUAUUAUUGUGUAUUACCACGGAGAGUUAAACGAGUACAGAUGGACAAAAGCUGAUCAGAGGUAAUAUUGUCACUAUAUGUGUUCAGAAGCAUGCUAUGUGUGCAACUUCUUACUGUUUGAAAAGGAAUGACGAUGUAAUAUGAGCCAAAGUGCUUCAAUAUUUAAUUUUUUUUCAGAGGCAGAGUAAAUCAUUUUUUAAUGUGUAUACUUUAAGCAUAUUCUGACCAACUAUUCCCAUUUUGUCCAUUAGGAUUUAUCUUUUUCCUGAUGCUCUUCAGAAUCAUGAGAUGUUUUAUGUACACUUACUGAUCAGUGACUGAGGAAAUCAAUGAAUAUACAAAAUAGUAAGAAAUACAGAUUGCUAUUUUAGCUAUUGUUAUUAAUUGUGGUUUGGUCCUCCCUGAAAUGAGUAGUUUUUAGUUUCUAUACAGUUGCAUGCUUUCAUUCAGGUCAUCUCAAGGUCAAGGUAAACUUUAUCUGAUUCAUUUAAAGGUAUUCAAGUUUUACUUGGGGGCGUUUUAGCAUCUUGAAAAUUAUCCUUGCAUGCUCAAGAAGAAAAAGCAAAUGUAACCCCUCCAUACUGAAAAGUUGUAGCUACAUGAAAUGAUUGCACAAAACAUAGCCUACAUUUAUAGUUCAGUGCUCUAUUUUAUUUGUAUUUAUUUGUAUUUUUUUUAAAAGAAAUUCUGAAGUCACAUUCCAUCACGAAGCUACCCUUUGAGGUUGUAGACAUUUAUUUUAAGACUUAUUUUCAUGCGUAACAUUUGUAAAGCAUGUUUGGAAAUAAAUCUUUUGUCAUCCUGCA